CGUUGUUCCCCGGGGCCCCGCGCCGGUGUGGUGGGCUCCGGGCGUGAGGUGCGGGGCGCCGCGGAGUCGGCCUGUGUGUGAGGGUCACGGCGCGCCUGCGGGAGAAGGAAGGUGGCUGUGUGGGAUGACUUCAGCUAUGCCUGUACUCUGUAUGGACUGGCUUCUCCCUGCUGACGUGUAAGCCCUGCCCUCCUGGACACCGCUCCUCUCCAAAUGUGGACCUUCAAGGCGGGGGGAAGAAUGCCUGUAGUACGAGGGAAAUUGAAAUCCAAGGCACCAGUGACAUUUGGAGACUUGGCCAUCUACUUCUCCCAGGAGGAAUGGGAAUGGCUAAGUCCCAUUCAGAAGGAUUUGUAUGAAGAAGUCAUGUUGGAGAACUACCAGAACCUGGUCUCCCUCGGUCUUUCCUUUCGGAGACCAAAUGUCAUCACCUUAUUGGAGAAAGGGAAGGCACCCUGGAUGGUGGAGAUGUUGAGAAGACACCGUGGCCCAGAUAAAAGGUCUAAGUGUGAGACCAAGAAGUUUCCUUCAAAUCAAUGCAACAAAUCUGGGCAAAGCAUCUAUCAAAAACCAGUUUCUCCACAACAAAAAGUUCCUACAGGAAAGAGGAACUGCAACAAAAAUUUAAUCUUAAUAAAGCCCAAGAAAGAGCAUACAGUGAAGAGAUCCUUAAAAUGUAAUGAAUGUGGGGAAACCUUUAGUCGAAGCUUAUCUCUUAAACUUCAUCAGAACUUGCAUACUGGAGAGAGGCCUUAUGAGUGCAAUACGUGUAGAAAAGCUUUCAGACGGAUCUCAUCCCUCAUUCUUCAUCAGAGAAUUCAUAAUACAAAGAAGAGCUAUGAAUGUGAUGAAUGUGGGGGAAGCUUCAGUCAGAAAGCAACCCUUAGUGUACAUCAGAGAAUUCAUGGUGGAAGGGAGAUCUUUGACUGUGGGAAGACCUUGAGCCUGUGCCCAUCUCUAAGUAUGUAUCACAAAUUUCAUGUUGUUGAGAAUGCCCACCGAUGCGAAACAUGUGGCAGAGUUUUCAGUUGUGUGUCAUCCUUUUUAGGUCAUAAGCAAAUGCACAAUAGAAAAAAAAUACAUAAAUGUAAUAAAUGUAGGAGAGGCUUCAAGAAGAGAUCAGUCCUUGUCAGGCAUAAAGUAAUUCAUACUGAAGAGAAAACCUAUGGAAAUAAAGAGGCCUUAAGUCAGAGUCUGCAGCCCAGAACUCACCAUUUAAAGAAUCCUUAUAAAUGCAGAAAAUGUGAAAAAUCCUUUAAUAGGAUUUUACCGCUUAUGCUUCAUCAAAGACUUCACACUACAAAGAUUCUCUACUCAUGUGAUAAAUGUGAGAAGGUCUUCAGGCAGCUUUCAACCCUUACUCUGCAUCUAAAAAUUCAUAAUGGGGUAAAGCUAUACAGAUGCAAUGAAUGUGAGAGGGUCUGCAAUAGGCAUUCAUCCCUUAUUCAACAUCAGAAAGUUCAUACAAAGAAAAAGAAGCUCUUUGAAUGUAAGGAAUGUGGGAAGAUGUUUUCUGGAACUGCAAACCUUAAAAUACAUCAGAAUAUUCAUUCUGAAGAAAAACCGUUCAAAUGCAAUAAAUGUAAUAAAGUUUUUGGCCGCCAAUCAUUUCUUACGGAACAUCAGAGAAUUCAUACUGGAGAAAAACCCUAUCAGUGUGAGGAAUGUGGGAAAGCUUUCAGUCAUCGAAUAUCUCUUACCCGACAUAAAAGAAUUCAUACUGAAGAUAGACCAUACGAAUGUGAUCAGUGUGGGAAAACCUUCAGCCAGAGUGCACACCUUGCCCAGCAUGAAAGAAUUCACACUGGAGAGAAGCCAUACACAUGCAAGAUAUGUGGGAAGGCCUUCAGUCAGCGCACAUCCCUUAUUCUACACGAAAGAAGUCAUACUGGAGAGAAACCCUAUGAAUGUAGUGAAUGUGGGAAGGCAUUCAGCAGUGGCUCAGACCUUAUUCGACAUCAGAGAAGUCACUCUUCAGAGAAACCCUAUGAGUGUAGUAAAUGUGGAAAGGCAUAUAGUCGGAGCUCAUCUUUGAUUCGUCAUCAGAAUACACAUUGUGAAGGAAAAACCUAAGGCUUUUUUAUUUUUAAAUCUGUAAAGGCAAAAGUAGAAACAAAUGUGAAAAUAUGUACAUA